AUGGAGUUAUUUAACUCUGAUCUUGAAAGAAACAUCACUUUUGUGCGUCCUCCAUAUUUCAUAAUAAGUGGAUUUACUGGCAUACCUAAUAUGAAGUAUUAUUAUGUUAUUCUCUUUAUUGUUUAUAUAGUUUCAGUGCUGGGAAACACAGCUGUGAUGGUAAUAAUAUGCUUGGAUCAUACUCUGAGAACUCCAAACUAUGUUGCAGUGUUUAAUUUAGCAUUUGCAGACCUGUUUGGUAGCUCUGCUGUGGUGCCGAAGGUUCUUGACAUUUUCCUUUUUGACCAUCCCUACAUCUCCUACAACGACUGCUUGGCAUACAUGUUUUUCUGCUACAACUGCCUUUCGAUGCAGCCAUUUAAUCUUGUUGCACUCUCCUAUGACAGACUGAUAGCCAUCAUAUUCCCACUGCACUAUCAAGUGAAGGUGACCCACAAGUUUAUGUUUUCCUUGAUUGCCGUGUCCUGGCUCUUUGUUAUUACUGUUACACUCAUCUCAGUUGACCUUCUCACAAGACUUUCCUACUGUGAGUCUGUGGUUAUUAACAGCUAUUUUUGUGACUAUGACUUCAUUCAAGAUCUAGCCUGCAAUGAUAAUGCACUCAAUGUGGCCAGCAUCACCCCGGCCAGGCCCCCAAAAAGUACACGGUUUACUCUCCCUGUCAGGAAUCGGCGCAUGAUGCUGCCAAAAAUGUUG